AUGGAACCCAGUUCCAUUCCAAAUGUAACAAACAGAGCAUUCAACAAUGUCGAGUUGUCUCAAGGUUGGCUUGAGAAUGGAGAAUGCCCUGAAGGAACAAUCCCAAUUAGACAAGCUCGAGCAGAUGAAUAUGAUGUACAUCGUGCUAUACCCCCAGUUGCACAUCGGAAAAAGUUUAAUAUCAGCCUUGAUUAUGAUUAUAAUCGUGGUCACGAGUACGCUGUAGUUGAUCUACGUGGUGGCAAUUACUAUGGAGCACAUGCAUCAAUUAACGUAUGGAACCCUGCAACAUAUACUGGGGAAAUUAGCAUUGCUCAAAUAUGGCUUGCAUCCGGUCCUAAGAACCUACUAAACACCAUUGAAGCUGGAUGGCUGGUUAAUUCACGUGACAAGCAAACCAGGUUCUUCAUAUACUGGACUCGUGAUGGGUACCAAAGAACUGGGUGCUACAAUCUUGAUUGUCCUGGUUUCGUGCAAGUAAACCGUAGAUUUGCAAUUGGUUCUCCCAUCAAGCCUGUCUCAAGCUACAACUCAAAGCAAUAUGAGAUAGGGAUAACCAUAUACAAGAAUAAGGGACAUUGGUGGCUACGGGUGCAAGAUCAAGUACUUGGAUACUGGCCUCACUUAAUUUACACAUACUUGGCUAGUAGUGCUACCGGAAUUAGCUGGGGUGGAGAGAUUUACAACAAAGGCGAAGGGGGACAUCAUACAUCAACUCAAAUGGGAAGUGGACAUUUUCCAAGUGAAGGCUUUGGAAAAGCAAGUUAUUUUCGCAAUAUUCAAUAUAUGGAUUACACAGGAAAAUUCAAUGACCCUGAUCAAGGACUGGUAGCAUAUGCAACAAAACCUUCAUGCUAUAGUAUAAGUGUUUCCAAUAAUAAGAAUGGAGCCUAUGGAACCAAUUUCUAUUUUGGGGGUCCUGGGUAUUCACCAAUAUGUCCGUCUUAA